AUGCAUGCAGGUCUUCUCAACGAAAGAAGCGAGUCAUGGCCAGGCAUUGACGGCCAAGACGACUUAGCUACAGACUACCCUUUGUUAUGCGCGAAGAAUAUUGAAUCUUCAUUGGCAGCGCUUCCCCUGUUUGUUCAACGAUCUCACAGGAUGGUACUGGCACUAACAUUGACUCACUAUAUUUUAUGUAUGAUACUUAUCAGUUGGUACCAGGCUAUCUAUUCUAUGGAAAUAUCAAAGCCUUCUUUAGCAUGGACCUUGAUUGUCUGGGCACAACAGACAUCUCAUCACCUUGGGUUCCAUCAGAGACAAACCGGCACUGAUACAGCCCUAGGCGCCCCGAACCAUUUCGGCCUCUUGUUCUGGGUAAUUUACUUUUUCGAAAAGAUUCUAAGUCUCCGUCUAGGACGUACUUCCACAAUACCAGAUGUGGACAUUAGUAUCCCCUUGCCUGGCGGAGAGGGAGUGCUCCAAACUCCAGGAAUGCGUUACUGCCAGCUACAAGUAAAAGUAGCUCGACUUGCCGGGCGGAUCUACACGGAGCUUUAUUCUCAUCAAGCCCUCCUCUUCGAUCAAGAAACGAAGCGUCGAAAAGUGAGUGAGCUCUCCCAAGAGGCCAAGAGCAUACAACAGGAAGCAAUAGCGAGCAAUAACAAAUGGGCAGAUUUCCUGGAUUUCAUUUCCGCUUCAGAUGAGGUUCUCUACCUUUCAAUAUUAACAUUGAUACACCGUGCAUCUCCACCAACACAUGAAUCUGAACAAUCCUUUACCGAAGAAUGUCUCUUACAUGCCCGAGCAGCAUUGUCACGUCACAAUGAAGUCGACAUCAGCCAGGCGCCACUUCUAUUGACUUACAUGAACUGGACUUUGAUCUUUCUGCCUUUCAUUCCCUUUUUUGUCUUGUUCUGUCACGCAAUACAGAAACGAGACAAGAAUGACUUGGCAUGCUUAAAAGCGUUUGUGGACUCAAUCAGCCCAGCAUCGAAACACUCGAGGUUUGCAAGCCACCAUCGUCUUUUCAAAGCCUUUUAUGACGCAGCGGAAGGCUACCUUGAGCCAAAGGAUCCUAUGGGGCCCACGCAACAACAGGACAGUGAGCUUGAACAACAGAUAGAAACGUGUUUCUCCACAGUCGGGAUCCAAGCGAGUAGCCACGCCGACCAAGACCUGCAGGUCGCGGGCAUUGGUAGCCCGGGCCAGAUAUUCCCUACGAGCUUACCGAAUGGGGCGGCUUUACAGGGUGCCGGUGAUGGAUUUGUAGACGGGUGGGCUGAUGAAUGGGCUCCCAAUCUCAACUGGUUUGCCAUGAAUCAACAGAUGAUGGACUGGAUCCCCCAAUCACAUCAUUAA